GCCUUUGCGACUUGUAGAGGAGAAUGGAGAUUCACUCAGCGCUAUUACUUUUUGUCGCAUUGUUUCCAAACGCUGCUUCGUCACAUGAUCCAAAGACUUCCAAGCGUCCUCACAUUCUCUUUAUUGUUGCCGAUGAUCUUGGCUGGAGUGAUGUUGGUUUUCAUGGAUCUGUAAUCAAAACUCCAAACAUUGAUAAGCUAGCAAAUGAAGGAGUAAUCUUGGAUAAUUACUAUGUUCAACCACUUUGUACCCCAACAAGAUCUGCUUUGAUGACCGGAAGAUAUCCUAUACACACAGGUAUUUUAUACUAGAAAAUAUGUAAGUAGGAAAUUGUGUCAUUAGUCCUCUAUUUACUCCCUGACUUGACGCUUUGCGUGACAGUGGGUGAAAGGUAAGUAAGAUGAUAUGUCGGAUGCGUACAUGAUGAUAAAAUUAGAUUCGCCUAGGGGUAGCAUGCGAUCAUGACCAACCUCGUCCCCACUGCGCUUUUCCCUUAAAAAAUGGGUUCUCUAUGAUCGAUUUAAUUACAGUCAAACCUCUUUAAUACGGACACCAAAGGGACAGAACCAAGUGUCCGCUUUACAGAGGUGUCCGUAUUAUAGAGGUGGGAAAUGUACAGUACGAUUUUUGGCAUUUCUGGGACCAAACGAACUGUCCGUUGAAGAGAAAUGUCCGUAUUAUAGAGAUGUCCGUAAGGAGAGGUUAGACUGUACAGCUGGGUUCAUUUGCACAAGCUUCUGUAGAACUUCAUAUAUACUGCCAUGAAAAAUUGUUUAAAGGCAGUUACUGUAUCGGGGAUUUGAGUUCUAUUUACUGUUUUUCUUUCUCAAGGUCUUCAGCAUGACGUUAUACACCCUGAUAACCCGUUUGGAUUGCCUUUAGAAUACAGUAUUCUACCACAAGAACUGAAGAAAGUUGGUAGGUGGAUCUCGCUGAAACUCGAGAAUGAUUAUGUUCUCUUGAUGUGUCACCAAUUCACAAGUGCUAAUAUGCGCUAGAGAUUCCUGACACGUUAAUAAAGUUCACUACUACUACUAAAUGUCCAUAUACCGAUGAUCCAUCGCCCUCAUAAUGAUAAGAGCAUUAGGCUAUGUUUAUAUAGCUUUCGUGCCAACACAAAAAGCUAUCCGGUAAGCGGGCGGUAUCAUGAGUAUGAACAGCAACGGCACAGAACUGGAGCAAGUCGUUCACACAUAGGCAUCCAACAUCCUGCUGGAAAGGUUGGCCGAGAGGGUUUGGUGAAAUGAAUCCCAGUCCUCACUGCUGAAUAUUUACUUCCUUCUCAGUGGAUUCCAGUCCUUACUCCUACUUAUGCACUUCCGCUACUGUCCAAAUACCUGUUCACGCUACACUCAAGCGUGGCACAGAACCUCAGAGAGAUCUCAUAUGUGACGCACCACUUUCGUGAUCGGCACGUCGCAGCUUCUCUCCGAAACAGAAAUCGCGCCAAAAUCACCGUUCUUAUGUGUAAACAGAAGCCCUAGUGUAUCCGGGAUACUAUGAACAUAGCGUUAAGCUUGACUCUUGAAAAAUGUUACCAUAUAUGGAAUGGGUAUUUAUAUUUUUUGAACUGAUUCAGUAUAACAAACCAGGAGCAAGAUUCCCGUUGACAAAUUGUCUGCACCAAGUCAAUUAGAAAACUUGACAAAUUUUUCUUGCGCUGAUCUGUCCUUGUUUAAAAAAAGGGUGCUUGCUGCUUGAACAAGGACACAAAAAGUCGACUAGGAAACUUUUCAUGAAAAAAAUGUAGUUCCAACUGCCCCAGAUAAAAGAACCUAUUAAACAACUUAACCAGAGUCGAAACUUGAAUUUUAAAAAAUAUCGGAAACGUUCGAGAUCUGAUGUCUGCAAUUCUUAUUUCCUCCCGAGUCAGACUUACGUAUAACCUUAUUUUCUAACCUGGGAUCAGGCCCUAUUGGCCCUAUUGGCCCGCUUGGUAAAUAAAAUUCUCGCGGCACGGCGAAGAGGGACCACGUAAAUCAACGUCUAAAAGCUGCUAAAAGUAGUCGAAAUUCCUUUUCUUUUUUAAACCGUCCAGAGACAAACUAUUUUUCACUCUUUCGUUAACUUUCCCUCUUGAACGGCUCCAUUAAUUAGCUCUCUGGCUUGCCUUUUUUGUUUUUUCUCUUUUGACAACACGCAUGAAUUUUGCACGUGAAUUUUGCCCCCUUUGUGCCAUCAUCCUUAGGGAUGUUACUUAAACAGGGAGAAGGAAAAAUUUUUCAUUUUUCCCGUUCCUCAGGCCUGUUCACCGCUUCCUAGUUCCCAGUUUUAGUAACAUCCUCAUCCUCUGCACUCAGUUGUAGUCCACUAUCAGUAACAUGCAAUUGUUUCUUUUACACAGGUUACGCAACUCACUUGGUAGGCAAGUGGCAUCUUGGUUUCUACAAAUGGCCUUAUGUUCCCACCAGAAGAGGUUUUGAUUCCUCUUUUGGUUUCUGGGAUGGUUCGGAAGAUCAUUACACUCACUCAGUGUUAGGAUUUUUAGAUUUUCGCGAUGGAGAACAGCCUGCGAGAAACUGGACAGGAACAUACGCAACGUAUGCCUACAUGAAGGUAUGAUUUUGAUAUAACGCCGAGAUAUCUGACGAUGGGCUGUUUACAUCCUAUAAACAGCAUACAUGCCAACUCUCCCGGAUACGACAAAAAUCUCCCGGUCUCUCGUAUAGGUCACCAAAUCUCCCGGAUAAAAUCGAGUUAUGAGCUUUUCUGCGCUUUAAUUUGGAAUUUAUCCCAUUUUCUCCCAACAUUUUCUCCCAAAAUUCGAAUUUUGGCUGAUUCAAGUUCAUUUCUGGUGUUUCGCAUGUUCAUCACUGACAAAAGGUGUUGAUACAUACUUCAGUUUCAGUUACGUAUUGCUAAAAGCUAAUUGUGUUGGUCUGUACUCAUGUAGACUUCAUAUAAUGUUUCUAGGCCCGUUGAGGAUGAAUCCAUUGUGCUUAUCAUGAGGGGAGGAGGGGUCAGGUGGGUUGAUCGUUGAUAUUCGGGGGGGUAAUGCAAAAGAAAGAGUCUCCAGAUUUUAGAUUUCCAAAGGUUGGCAUCUCUGCAACAGGAGUCUCGUAGAACGCGGAUCAUCCUAGUGCCAUAUGUUUUCUAUAUUAAGCUUACAUCCAAAGGGUUGUACUUGUCCCUGGCGUUAGGGUCUUCCUAGCUGAGAGAAAGGAAGAUCUUAGCACGAGGAAGAUCCAAGCACGGUCAGUGGUCGGCGUGUAAGAUGGCCGCUAUAUUUUGUGCUCCUCAGGGGUCAAUUUUCGUAAAAUAUUAGGUCUCAAUUUUAUUCCACCUAUCGCCUAUAAUAGUUCUUCGUUAAUUUGUUAUUUUGACUUUGGUUGUGUUGUACUCCUUCGUUAUGUCUACUUUCACCAUUGAACAGCUAGAAGCAGUAUUAGUUGAAAAGCUCAAGAAAGCGAUUGAUCCUUUACAGAAGUCUGACACUUAUUUUAUGUAAUCGUCUCGUCCUGUACCGACUUCAGAUAAUUUUAUUUCAUUGUAAACAAAAUGGCUGUCUGGUCUUUUUAGCCCCGUGGUUAUUCCAGACAGCCAGUACCACAAAUUAUUAUUAGCUUGUUAUAACCUUAUUCUAAUUCUGUUUUUACUAUUGGUACAAUGAAUUGUUGUUGUUGUUGAAGCACCGUAAAACUGUUUUCGCUAGGAAGAUCCUUGCCUAAACGAGACAAAUUUGCGGCGGGUUGUUCAAUAGGUAAUCACGGCAAUAUAAUUUGGAAGAAGGAGAAUUCUGGUACCAGAAAGCUCAAAAAAAACUGAGACCGAGCUCCAGGUGAACAUCGAACUCACGACCCUCCAAGUUCUAUUUCGGAUGUUGAAGGCUGACGUACUAUUCACUUUCUUUACAGAGGAUGGAGACAAUUGUUAAAUCACAUGACCCAGCUCAGCCUUUGUUCUUAUACAUGGCCUUUCAGAACGUUCAUGAUCCUGUUCAAGCGCCUCAACAAUACAUUGAUAAAUAUAAAUUUAUCAAGAAUGAUCUCAGAAGAACUUAUGCUGGCAUGGUAGCCAUCCUGGAUGAGGCUGUAGGUAAUAUCACCGAGACUUUCAAGACAGCAGGGUAUGUUGAGGCGUUCAUUGUCACGUUCAAGGCAAGGAUUACACAAUUAAAAGGUUCUUUAAAAUGUGGUAGGGGCUUCCAUGAUAACUGGUGGAGUUUCCCUGUAACUGGAUCAUAACUUGGUUCACUUGGGGAUAAGAGUUCGUAAAGGGCAGAAAGCGGGAGAAAUAAAGGGAAACUACGAAGCAAUGUAAUAACGAUCAAAAAAUGCUAAGGAAGCCAGUUACUGCAAGGAAAAGGCCAGACAAGUUGCGUUAACCUGGAGCCGUGAGUACAGGAGGUAUGGGAUUCAGGAGUCCACUUCCCUCCACCUGCCUUGAUGGUCUGCUUAAAAUACUUGCAGUUACUUAUGUUCAGAUUUCCUUGAGCAAAAUUAUGCAAACUUACAGCUUUGAAACAUUAAAGACAUAUUUUCUAAAGGUUUUGUGCCGAAAAUCAGUUUUAAACACCUAAAUGACUUAACAAUAUUUUCCAGCUAAAGAGAAUCUUGCGUCUUACAGGUUAUGGGAUGACACACUUGUUAUAUUCAGUACUGAUAACGGCGGGUUACCAAGCUCAGGAGGUUUCAAUUGGCCCCUCCGUGGUACAAAGCAUACCGUGUGGGAGGGAGGGGCCCGAGGGGCUGCAUUUGUCCAUGGAAAAUUACUGCGACAAAAAGGCGUGAAAAACAGAGAAUUGUUGCACGUGACGGACUGGUAUCCAACGUUAAUCAAUCUAGCAGGUGAGAAUUAAGUCCAUAGUGACCUCGCUAGUAGUUGAUAUAAGAAAAGGUUGAUUUUGAAAUUGUUCAAACGCUAACCAAAACGACGCCACAAACGCGCCUUGUGAAUUAGACCAUUUCAUGAAGAAGACUGACUGUCUGUGUUGUUUACUCCGUCGAGCAAACCGCUCGAGACACGAUAAUGACAACGCGCUUGAGUGAAAGCGCGAGACGGGAGAGGCUGCCGCCCUCGUUUCUCGCGUCUCGCAGCUUCACCGCUCGAAGCUCGCGUAUCCCGGUGUGGGCUAUCACUUACCAUGUCCCUCGAGGUAUGAAAGCAAACGAUUGCGGAGCAAAUAGUGGCCAACAACCCGUUAUGGGGUUAUCAACUGAUCACGAUUUUCCCCAGAAAUUUAGUUUAAAGAUAAAUGCCUGAUCUGAUUGCGUUUUUUGAGGUUUGGUACACUAAGGAUUUAAGGUAAAGGUAAUCUUUUGUUCAUUUUCGUGUUAAUUUAUUGUAAGCAAGUAUUUAUAAGCUACAACCUGUUUGCUAUUAUAGGAGGAAGUUUUGACGGAGAAUUUCCAAAGCCAGUUGACGGUUAUGACAUAUGGGAAACAAUCUCUUCUGGUAAACCAUCGCCACGAGACGAAGUACUUAUUAAUAUAGACACUAGCCAAGGAGCUGCGCUACGCGUGGUUAAUAAGUUAUUGCCAAUGUCCAACGUCCGCGUGGUUUCGGCCGCGGGAUUGGAUGUGAGGGCUACAGCAAAAUAA